AUGGCAUCUCGCGCAGCCGUCCUCAUUGGUGUUUUAUGCAGCCUCCCAGGGUGCAGUACAUGCGAAGAGCACGUUCUCCAACUUCCUUUUGGUGGACGGCUGGGGCUUUCUACGCGAGGUGCGACUGCAUUGCGCAUUCGGUUUCUGUAUGAUGAAGAUGGUCCUGAAGAGAAGUGGGAGGUGAAGCCAGAUGAGCCUGAUGCUCCCUUUUCUGCAACACGUACGUUGGAUGAGCAGGGCAUCGAAUCGCCUGGCCUUGGCUCCAUUGCACUGACCAAAGAAGGAACCCUUCGCCUGCGCAGCCGCAGCGGUGCUGUCAUUACAGAGUCACUGCCGCUGGGCAGGCUGAGUUGCUCAGCAGUUGGCGGUCGGCCGCAGGGUGGUGUUCCAAUCGCGGAGAUGCCCACCUUGAACGCAGGAGCUUGCUGCCAGGCUUGCCAAGAUUACUCCAAUUGCACUGAUUGGGCGUUUGAUGGCGCUGCGUGCUUUCUGGUGAAAGACGCCUCAGGCUGGGAAGCUGCAGCUGGGACCGUUUGGGGAAGGUGUCCAGCACUCCUGAGCUUCACCUCAAAAGUCUCAUCCGUUUUUGGGGGUGGAGCUGGGCCUGAAGAUGCCACCGCACUCCAGCAACAUGGAGCCACAGGGCAAGUCGCAAACCGGGGGACGCACGUACCUUACUACUAUUCCAUGGACGGCUAUGCAGCCUUGGGCAGCACCGGUGCUACUCACUUCAACCACUUGUUGGUCAGGUACCACACCACUGGGGAUCACAUCGCUUGGACGUGUUCUCAUGGCUUCCAGAUAUAUCUCAUGCCAGCCUCCUCACUUCUUGACGGAACUCGGUCCUAUCUAUCUUUGAUAGGCCGACCGCCGGUGCCGCCAAUGCAUGCUUUUGGCUUUCUGGCUUCUCGAUGGGGAUGGGAAGAUGCGCAAUACAUAGAGGAUACUCUGCGAUCUUUUCGAGCAGGAGGCUUUCCGCUUGACUCCAUCAUUCUCGACUUCGAAUGGUUUGUGAACACUUCCGAUUACGAAUUCGCACCUGAGGGGCAAUCCUGGUACAAUGAUUUCGGAUGGAACCCGGACCUCUUUCCUUCGCCUCAUCGUCAAAUCCAGAAGUACAGAUCAGAGUUUGGCGUGCGCGUUGCAGGUAUCCGCAAGCCUCGUCUUGGCAACAAGGAGCUUCUGCAAAUGGUGCGGCAGAAGCAGUGGAUCUUGCCAGCAGGUGGCCCGGAGAGCUACGCUCACGGACGCUGGCUGCUCUUCUCUGACCCGGAUAUGCGGAACUGGUACAAGCAACAGCUUCGGCAUUACUUGGAUGCAGGGAUCGCGUACUGGUGGAAUGACGAGGGGGAGAACUCUUAUUACACAUACCAUGAAUGGAAUACAGCUGAGAAGGAUCUCCUCGAGGAAGCCAAGCCUGGUCAGCGCUUCUUCUCCCUGAAUCGUGCCUUCACUCCGGGCCUUGCACGCCUAGGGGCUGGCGUUUGGACGGGAGACGUGCAGGCAUCCUGGCAGGAUCUCGCUCGCACUCCUGGCCUGGUUCUGAACUGGGGUCUGGCUGGAGCACCGUACGUGGCUUGUGAUAUUGGAGGCUUCAUGGGAGAACCAACUCCUGAGCUGCUGGUGAGAUGGUACCAGGUUGGAGUCUUCAUGCCUACAAUGCGCAUCCACUCUGAGCUCUGGGUGAAGCCUCACUGGCCCUGGUUGUUUGGGGAGCCAGCCGCCAAUGCCAUGCGCGAUGCCCUCCAGCUUCGUUACCGACUACUACCAUACCAUUACUCACUGGCCCACAGUCUGUACUCCAGCGGCCUGCUUUGGAUGAGGCCGCUGGCCGCAGUCUUCCCCGAGGAUCCCAAGGUAGCCAACCUCACGUCAGAGUGGAUGGACGGAGAGAUUUUGCUGUCGCCUGUUUUGAACGAGGCCGCCCAAGUUGAGAUCUACCUUCCGGAAGGUUACUGGCACCCCUUUAAUCAACCGGGCGAGAUUCUCAGCGGGCCACAUCAUGCUGCCAAGCAGGUGCCCCUCAACCAAGUUCCGGCAUUUGUGCGACUUGGAGCCGUGAUUCCUUUGGCACCGGCUGUGCAAUCAACUGAUGAUCUGCCUGGGGGUCCCUUAGAAGUCCAGGUAUAUGCCGGUGCAGAUGGUAACUUCACGCUGAUACAGGAUGAUGGAGAAACGACAUCAUACAAGUCAGGAUCAAUGCGCAAGACAACAUUUGUUUGGAUCGACAUUGCGAAGCGCUUGGCAUGGAGUACCACAGGCGACAAGCAAAUCAAGGCCCAUCACUUCACUGCAGUUCGCUGCACCUUGUUUGCUGGCGGCUCCGUGCAGCAGAGUGACGUGUUUGCGCUUGGAGACACGGGCGAGCUUCAGAUGCCUUCACAGCGGCAUCUAAGGGCCUCAAAGCUUCUUCGCGUUGUGCAUCAAAAGGCGAUGAUGUCUGGCGAUUGGAUUUGUCCCAAUUGCAAUGACCUGGUGUUUGCAAGGAACAGCCAAUGUCGGCGAUGCAACACGGCCAAGCCAGAGCAGCCUUUCGUGCCACCAGGCUAUCCAGGCUUUCCCGGAUAUCCAGGGUAUCCUGGCUACCCGGGUUAUUUCCCAUGGUGGGGCUACCCGCCACUACUGAGAAGGGGAAGCAGCAGCAGCAGCAGCGACUCGUCCGACUCCUCAUCUGAUUCAAGUGAAGAGGACGCGCGCAAGGCCGCAGCUUCCAAAGCGAGGUUAAAAGCCCGCGAGAAGGUAGAAGAGGAGCGAGCAAGAGCCAAGGAACUGAGCAGAACAGCAAAGGAAAAGAAGAGGAAGAAGACACAGGACUCAUCUGAAGGCAGCGUGAAUGAGCAAGAUGAAAGCGAGGAAAGGAGCAAAGUAAAGAAAAGAGCAAAGGAUAGCGAUGACGACGAUGAGGACGACGACAGUGCGAAACCAGCAGAAAAGCCAAAAAAGAUCCAGAAGAAGAGCAAGGAGAAGGCGUCUUCGAAAAAAAACGGCAAGGAUAAGCAGGAUGAUAAGAAAUCAAAGAAAGAAAAGAAAAAACGGAAGGAGGCAAGCGACAGCGAUGAGGACGAGUCGGCGGCCCCUGAGAACGAAGCGGCGGAAAAUGGCCGUGCCGGAAGCAAGAAGACCGCGACCAAAGAAAAGAAAGGAAAGGCGAAGGAGGAGAAGAAGGCUAAAGGCAAGUCAAAAACAAAAGACAAAACGAACGAUAAAAAAGAUGACAAGGAGAAGACCAAGAAGAAUGGCAAGGCCAAGAAGCAGAAAGAAAGUGAAGCAUGCGAAGCAUGCAGCGAAGAAAAAUCGAGUGAAGGCGGUCGGGAGAAAAAAAAGAAGAGGAAACAAGAGAGCUCCGAUGAUUCUUGA